AUGGAGACUGAACGUGAAAUUCCCAAUUCCUCCAGCAGUUCUCCAGGAGACUCCAGGGAAUACAAGGUGGUGAUGCUGGGAUCAGGUGGAGUAGGCAAGAGUGCGAUGACAAUGCAGUUUAUCAGCCACCGCUUCCCCGACUACCAUGAUCCCACCAUAGAGGAUGCUUAUAAAACACAAGUCCGUAUAGAUGAUGAACCUGCUUAUUUGGACAUUCUGGACACUGCUGGACAAGCAGAAUUCACGGCCAUGAGAGACCAAUAUAUGCGAGGUGGAGAAGGCUUCGUUAUUUGCUAUUCCAUCACGGACCGACAGUCCUUUCAAGAAGCUGCAGAAUUCAAGGAGCUCAUUUAUCGUGUCCGGCAUACCUAUGACAUCCCCGUGGUGCUGGUGGGGAACAAAAUUGAUCUCAAGGAGUUUCGGCAGGUCUCCCGAGAGGAAGGUGUCAACUUGGCCAGACAGUAUGCCUGCCCUUUCUUUGAGACCUCUGCUGCCUUGCAUUUCUACAUUGACGAUGUUUUUCACAAGCUGGUGAGAGAAAUCCGAAAGAGGGAGAAGUCUCUGCCUCCAGCAGAUGGGAAGUUGAAGAACAAGGACAGUCUAUGGCAGAAACUGAAAGGAUCUUUGAAGAAGAAAAAGGAAAUCCCUUCUUGA